AUGUUGGCCGAGGCUCGAGGUCCAGACCUCCAGGGUCCAGGUGCACCAUGUUACCCCCCCACCGCCGGAGAGGACACCGAGGAUCCUGUGAAUCAGCACAGACCACAGGGAGGGGAGCGCCAGCGACGUAUUUCCAGCAGAAAAACCGGCUUCUUAGGGUUGGAAACGAGGCCAGAGCUGCUCUGGGAGGACUGGGACCAGGGAAAGGACUCCACCAAAACAUUAGUGUUAAAGAACACUCAUGAUAAGAUACAGAGGCUACACCUGAGGCCUCCGGAGACCAAGUUCUUCACCAUCCUCUGUCCCAAUAUUAUCUUUCUCAGCCCAGGGUUGUCCUUCUCCAUCCUAAUCACCUUCAGACCCCUACAGAGGUAUGAGUAUGAGGACAGCAUUGGGUUUCAGGGUAAAGAGGGCAGCGUGGUGGUUCGCCUCCGGGCCACCGUUCCCUGUCUUGCCUUAGAGGUUCCUGACUCUGUGCUGCUGCCAGUUUGUGCUGUUCAACACUCCUCACAUAUCACGUUCCCACUCAAAAAUGCAAGUAAACUCCAGACUUCCUUCAAGUGGGACUGUGGUGCACCGUUCCAGUUUAGCCCUGACCAGGGCCUGUUGAAGCCGGGUCAGGAGUGUCACAUCACUGUGGUGUUCCAGCCACAAGAGGCACUGGUGCACCGGCAGCGGGCUUACUGCAGGUUCGGAGAGGAAGAGGACAAGGCAGAGAGCUGCUGCACUGUGCUGCUGCAGGGAUUAGGCAAAUACCCAUACCUCCAGCUGAGAAACCCUGCAGCCAAAGAGGAGAAAGAGCAGGAGGCUUCAGUGCUGCACUUUGGUUCUGUGGCUGUCGGCCAGAGUUUGCAGAAACACUUCGAUAUCUUCAACCCCUCUGCUGUAACCUCAUCCUUCUCUCUGUCCCGUCUUUCUGGCGGGGUGCCUUUGUUGGGGUCAGAAUUCCUCUGUGAUGUCACCGGGGGGGAAGUGGCGCCCGGUGGAUCCCUACGAGCCACGGUCACCUUUUCUCCUGCUGUGGUGGACACUGUUUCGGUUGAGUACCUGUCUCUCAAAUGCAGUGGGGCACUUAAUGAAGACCAGCUUAAACUCGCUGGAAGCUGUAUUGGUCCUAAACUUUCACUGUCCGCCUCUGUGUUGGACUUUGGCUGCGUUGAUGAUGGAGAAGCAUGCACACAAACACUGGAGCUGGUUAAUUCUUCUCCUGUCGAGGGCGUGUACCAAUGGGACCUUGACUGUAGUGGGCACAGUGUGUUCAGUAUCCAGCCGGCAAGUGGCGCUGUUCAGCCACACAGCCAAACCACUCUGACAGCAGUCUAUAGGCCCACACAGCCCAUUGCACACCACAGGAGAGUGGCAUGUGUCAUACUGCACCGGGACCAUCUGUUCCUUGACCUGAUUGGAACCUGUCACUCGGAGCUCCAGAAACCAGCCAUACUGAAACCUGAACACCUGGUUUUGUACAAGCUUCACUGGUACCGCAGCCAGAUCCCACAGAACACUCCUGGUGCCAUGGAGCAGGAACCUAGUGCAGACUUGGCCCAGCAGGAUCAACGCUGCACCCUGGAGGAGCCAAAUCAGAGACCGGACAGUUCUACCGUCGUGCAGAAAACUCCCAUGGAGGAGUUCUACCAGUUUAUCUUGGGGGGCAUUGAUCCCAUCUCCUCCAGUUCGACAUCGUCUCCACACGUGUCUGUGUCGCCGAGAGAGCUGCUGUUUAAUCACAAAAUGUCCUCCUCCUCCUUCUUGUCGACCUCAUCCGCUUCUUCUCAGUCGGUCUCCAUCACCAACUACACACGGGGGAAGCUCAGCCUGGUGUGGACUGAAGCCCAAGACUCUCAAUUUACUGUCUCUCCCUCGUCAUGUGACCUGGCUCCACUGAAGUCCACCUCAUUCAGAGUGACCUAUGACCCCAAGCCGCUCAACGCUUUUCACGGAGCCCAACUUGAGUGCUUUGCAUUCUAUAAAAUGGAGGAUCAUCACAUCGGUGUGCGAGUGCUGUGUCCGCCCUGGUGUGUGACAGUGAGAGUCAUCGGUCACUCCUUCUCUCCUGGCAAAGAACACUUCAUCCCAUGCUGCUCUCUGAAGCCCCCUCAAGUGGUCUUUCCAGGCGUAAAUGCAGUUUCUUAUCAGACGGCUCUUCUCCAGAACUGUGGGGAACUGCCGCUCACUUUCUGUCUGGACGUCAGCUCCAACCCCGCCAUGGCCAAAUCAGUGUCCGUUAUUCCAAACUGUGGUUUGAUCCAACCCGGGCUUCACCAAAUCUUCACCCUCAGAUCGACGCCCACAGUAGAGAGUCCCGAACAAGGGUUCUGUCUAAAGCUGCAGCUCAAUGCAGCUAAGCACAGACCCGCUAAGGAACUGACAGUUGUGAGUGUGGUGGAGAAGCUGUGUGUGUCUCUGGAAGGAGAAGGCACUUUAUAUUUUCAGCCGACAGCUGUUGGCUCACGAACACGACGCUCCCACCACAUCAGGAAUCUCAGCCCUCUACCUCUACGGUUCCAAUGGAGCAUUCAACAGCAUGACCAAGAGCUUAUCUCUGUUGAACCAGAUGCUGGUGAGAUCCAUCCCAAUGAGAUCUUGAUCCAGACCUGGUCCUUCAGUCCGCUGGCAAAGAAAACAUACACACUCAAGCCUACUCUCUCCUUCUGGCCGAGCCGGACUGAUGGAGCAAACAAGUCCCUCCUCACACUCACAGUGGAGGGAAUGGGCUCCAACGGCUUCAUAGAGGCAAAAAAAGCCGUCCUGGAUGUGAAGGAGACACUUGUUGGAAAUUACCGGUCCUUCGAAAUCCCUCUGGUGAACAACAGCCUCUGUUCCGUGUCCUUUCAACUCUCGGUGCAGCAGACAAUUCUGGAUGAGGAGCUCGUUUCCGAUCCUGAGACGGAGCCAUGUGCUCUGCAGCUGGACUGUGAGAGAGGAACCAUCGCCUCCCGCUGCACGCUGCUGCUGCAGUCUAGGUUCAGGCCCCACAGACGAGGCCAGUACUCGUGGAAGAUCAGCGACCAGACAACGAAAGACAGUGGGUUAGAGUCAUCCUCUUCAAAGGCUGUGUGUGAAGUGCGAGCGAAGGGUGUGUUCCCCACGCUGCAGGUGACCGGUGUGUGUGGUGGUGGGAGUUUGGGCACACUCAGCAGGAUGCAUCUCUGGCAACUGUUCUCAUUGGACAGCCUCAACCGGCACCUGCUGUCCAACACCUCCUCUGCAGAACUCAUUCAUAGAACCCCCACCAAGCACAGUCGACGCAGUGGUCCCUCCCACUUCACCAAAGUCAUGUUGGAUUUCAACUUCAGUGCCGCUCCCAUCAGGUCAGAGCCCUCCACCUUCAGGCUGAUGUUUCACAACCCUGGUUCCGUCCCCGUCGACUGGGCGUUCUUGUUUCCAGAGGACCAGCAGAUCGAGUUGGACUACUGGGAGGAGACAGGAGUGUUCAGCAGCACUGAGCUCUCCCAGAUGAAGGUUCAAGGUAACCGUCUGUUCAGCAUUUCUCCUCGUUCUGCAACCUUGCAGCCUGGCCAGCAGAGGGCGGUACUGUUCCGCUACAGACAUGACUCGGUUGGGACGAAUCGGUUUGCUGUUGUGUUAAAACUUUGUAACGGCAGAGAGAUCUUGCUCAACCUACAGGGGGCGACAGUGGAGAGAAACAGACCGUAUCUCCACUUUCCCUUCAAAAGACACGUCCUCACCUCUAUGACUAUUGGAGACUUCAGUCCCCCGAGACAGGGGUAUGUAAUAUACAAUGCAGGGACAGUGCCAGUCCAUUAUGAGGUGGACACCGCCGCGCUGUCACAGCUACAGAUGGACAACUUUAACCAUCCGGUGCUGUGCUGCCUCAGUCCCGAGGGAGAGGUCCCUGCUGGGGAGACGGCCCUGCUGGAAUGGAUCUUCUCUCCACUGGAGGCUAAGACGUACCAUAUGGACGUCCCUAUCCACAUCCAGGAUGGGGACUCGACACUGGUGAGGUUUGAGGGAUGUGGAUCUGUUACUCCAACACUGGGUUCCUCAAACACAUUGAACUGCAGUGAUACUAAGGAAUCUGCGCCCUGUGUCCAGAGGCGGCCGUUCCCAGGACAGCUGGUUUUUCUGUCUGCAGACCUUCUCUCACUGGGCAACAUCCCUGUCUGCUCAGAAACCUCAAGAAUCCUCUUCCUCACCAAUGUGUCCUGCACAGACACUGUCCACUACACAUGGGACCUUCCCAAGCAGGGCGCCCAGCAGGUUGUGCAGAUCCGUCCAGACCGAGGAGUUCUGAGUCCAGAGGAGGUUCAUCUCUGUGUCGUCUCCUUCACUUCCACAAGGCACCCCACUGUUUAUAAACUGGAUCUCAUCUGUCAGGUUUUUCAGGAAGUCGCCCUGACGCGAUAUCAAAAAGCUCUGCAGCACCUGGAGGAGGAGAGACGGAAAGAGCGAGAUGAAUUCACCAUCACUGACCAGAAGCUUUCAGAGCCUGUGGCAGCGUCUUUAAGGAAAGACUCACCAUUCAGAAAAUAUAAGACUCUUCCUCCUAUCUGUGCCAGUAGAGGUUGUGUAUCAGCGGGUGCAACUUGUUCGAGGGUCGAGCGGCGGGCACAGCGAGAAAUGGCAAAAAUCCCAAGGCAGCCAGAACCACCUCAGCCUGCUCUGCUGCAUCUGGAGGUUACAGCCCACUCCCACGGGCUCCUGGAGUAUAACACACACUUUCCUGACCAGCUCAAUAAGUUUCAUAGGUGCCUCCCGUCAGUUGAGCCCCAGAAACCUGAAAGUGCUGCUGGUACGAUGCCAGGGCCAUCACACAUUCCAGAGUGGGACACCUCUGUGCACGUUCUCACCACUCUGCUAUGGAACAUAGUCGAGGAUUCAGCCUUCGUUCAGUCUCUGUUCACUUUGGCCUGCAAGCCCGUCGACUACCAGCCGACAGGAGUGACUCCCUCUCCCUGCCCCCCAUCUUCUCCCUGCCCCCGACCUCAAGCUGUGUCGAGUGGGACAGAGGUCACGGUGGACAGCGCAGGGACGGCACCGCUCGGGACACGGGACAAACAACACACUGAUUGUGCGCCUGUGGACGUGAUCAAAGAUGUUUUGCCGAACACCUUCCAGAACUUGAUGAUGGAAGCUGUCAGAGGAGAGCUUUGUCUCUGGGAACAACCAGGCGCUAUCUUGUCACCUGUUUCCACCAGGUGA